AUGCUUCUUGCCGGACAAAGGUAUAGCCGCAGUGCUCAAGAAGCGCAGCAUCCCCCCCAGAGGCUUCAAGCAAACAUGGCGGAGACAGCGGCUCCAUCGCCGGCUGAGAGCAGGGAGAAGCUCCCGUGCUCUUGGCGAUACGUCUCCGUGUGCAUUCUGCUCCCCGCCCUGGGCGGUGGAUUGAAUGGCUUCAUCUAUUCAGGCUACUCGCUCUACUUCCGGGAGAUGGGGUGGGACCUCGGGAUUGCAGGGAUCUGCCUCAGUUUGGGGGCUCUCGGAAGAAUCUUCUUCCAACAGUUGCAGAUGCGUCUUGGACUUUGGACAGCAGCACCCAUGGCAGCCACGCAUGUCACUUUGGCGAUCCUGGUCACCAUCUUCCCUGACAAGCUCUGGGCCGUGCUGGGGCAGUUGCUUGCCAUCCUCUUCUUCGACACCACCGUGACCGUUGAGGUGAUUUGCUUUGAGGUCUUCGCUGGCUCAGAGAACCUCGCGCGGCAGGCAGCGGGCACGUUGCUUGCCAGCUUCACUGUGGGCUACGCGGGCUCGGCCACCUAUGGCGGGAUCAUCUACGAUCUGUGGCGCUGGACCGGCAUGUCCUGGUUUCACACCAUUGCAUCCUCAGUGAACUUGCUCCUCAUCUUGACCAUGCCACCAGUGAGGAACUCGUGGAGAACUCUGCGAGCAAAGGGUGCAGCAGCCAGCUCUCAAGAAGCGAGAGAAACCAGGAAGCGUGCGGACUCCGCCCAAAGCGACGACUCCUCCCGGUCUCAAGCCAUCGCAGCUACGGAUGUGAAUGUGGAUGUGCUGAACUGGCCCGUAGCAUCAGAAACGGGAGUGCCAACCAACCACGCAGAAGAGGACCCGGAAAAAGCGAAGGUCCAGCUGGAGAAGCCGGCUUCCUCCCAGACCACGUCGAGCACAAGGAGCGGCAGAAUCCCGGUCGAGGCGAUCAUGCCGGCCAUCAUGAUUUGCAUGAACGGGUUCGCAAACCAUUUUUCUUACCACACAGUAUGGGUGACGUAUGCGAUCUUCUUCAAGGAGCAUCACGGUUGGAACGAGGCGACCUGGGCAGGCCUUGCGCAGACGAGUGGCGACAUCCUUGCAGCGCUGGCCAUCUCGCUGUACUUGAAGCGUAAGGUGGUUGACCUGAAAGAGACCCGGGGCAUGCGUUGGCUUUGGUAUGCUACAACAGGCCAGCCCUACAACGUGAGCUGCUGGAUGGUGAUCUGGGUUUUCUUGAAUCUGGCCAUCGCCAGCCCGCUUCUUCCGAUCUCCGUCGUGGCGCAGGUGCUCAUGGGAACGGCCUACACGUAUACCAUCAAAGCCAACACCGACCUGAACGUCUUCUACUCUUUGGGCUCUACAGAGACCUUCAUAGCGAUGCAGACCGCCACUCGCAAUGCAGACUCACUUGGCACCUUUCUGGCCGGCCUUGUGGCUACACAGCUGUAUGAGGUCGUUGAUCCCUGCGCGCCCUUCUAUGCUUCCGCGCUGGUGGUCUUUGUGACCCUGCUGCUGUUCACGGUGUGUUUCUGCCGUCGCCUCGGCUUUGGGAAGAACAUCGAUGCAGCAGAGGAGGCUCGGUGCAAGCGCCUUCAGAUCAGGCGCUCCAAUUCCUGGGGAUCCCGUUCGACGUCCUUCUGA